AUGAUUGCAGAUAUUGAUAUUAUUGAUCAAAAAGUUUCAAAGGCCUUGUAAUAGGUUUCAGAUCAAAUUGAGAUAUAAGAGUUUUUUUUCUUAUAACAAUUCAAAAGCCAAUCUCAAAUUUACAUUAAAGAUUAAUAAAACUUAAACUUGAAUGAGGUUUAAAAACAAGAAUUAAUUGAAAAAGUAUAAUCAUGUUACUUUGAAUACUUUUAGUUAAUUGCUAUGCAAAUGUUUAUUUAAAAAGGUGAAAAAUCAAAUUAUCUUUCAACAACAAAAGAAUCUAUUAAAUUCUAACCAAGCCAAGAUGCGUCUGCUAUUUUCAAAAAAUAUAAUCUAAAAAUAGAGAGCCUUAUAAAAAAGAUAGCUAACUAUGUUGAUUCUAGAGUCAUUACAAGAAUUAACUUAGAUUUAGAUGCAGAAAAUACUAAUCAUAAAUCUUAAAAUAAUAAAUAGAAAGAUUAAUAAGACAAUAAAUCUUAAGAAUUUGAGUUCAGACAUAAAUCUCUUUUUGAAUAUUUUGCUGCCAGAGCUAUGAAAUACGAUUUUGAUAUUCAUAGAGAAAAUAUCUAUAAAUUAGAUAUAAAAUAACUAAAAGAAUUUAAUAUAAAUAAAAGAAUUGUCAUGAGCAACUAAUCAGAGCAAUAAAUUCUUAUAAAGCUUUACAAAUUGAUUUAAUCUGAUAUACAUUCAUCGUUUUUUGAGAAUAAUUAUAGUGAAGAAGAUAUAUCUAAAACAAAUAAAUAUAUUCAAUUCAUUAAAAAAUCUACAAUUUCAAAAUCCACUGAAAAAAGCUAAAUCGAUGUUGGAGCAUCAAAUUUAUUAUCAGCACUCUUUCUUUCAAAAUUCUCAUUUACUGAUUUGACUUUCAAAAAAUGUUCAUUUUCUUAAGCUUAUAUCUCUUCGAAAUAUCCUAAACUUGCUGAAUUUAAGGAUUGUAACUUAAGUCAUUCGUUUAUUCACAAUCAAAAUUUAGAUAACUAUGAAACUUCUAACACUAAAAAUACAGCUUUUAAUAGUUUCUAAAAAAAGUUUGAUACUGAAGACAUUUACUCAUUUAAUUAAGUUAUAUUUUAUAAAAAUAGUCUUGUAUCCAUAACAAGAACUGGAUAUAUCAAUUAAUUCGAAAUUUCUCAAAAUAAAAAUUUGCCUUGUAAAAAAUUAUAAUCAAAACAAAUUACAAAUUCUCGUUUGGAAAGUAUUCACUAUGUUAGCACAAAAAAUAUUUUGAUUAUUAGAGCUGUUAGAUCUAUAUUUGAGAUUAAUACUAAGACUUUUGAGACAAUUAAUACUUUCACUUUUGAUUUUCCUAUUUCCAGUUUAGCAAUAAAUAAUUCAAAAUACUUAGUUACUUUAAAUACAGAAUAAAUAUUUUAUGGAGAUAUAUAAAAUGGUUUCAUUCUUCUAGAUGAAAGCAAAAUUUAAGCUUAAUAAUGUUUAAUGUUAAACAAUUCAAUCAUAGCCUCUUAAAAGAAAGAAAUUAACAUUUAUAAUUUAUCAGAUUUAUAAAUUAUAAAAAGUAUAAAAAAUAACCACAGUGAUUUGUCUGUAUCUUCCUUUACUUCAGAUGGCAAGUACCUCGCAAUAAGCUUUAGUGCUGAAACUUGUUAAAUAUGGAGUGCAGAAAAUGGAUUUGAAGUCAUAAAAACAACUAAUGAACAUUAAAGUUCUAUUUGGUCAGUUGCUUUUUCUUCAAACGGUAAAUAUCUGGCAACAAGUUCGAAGGAUAAAACUUGCAUAUUUUAGAAUGUAGAGAAGGAAUUCUAAUUAAUAAAAACUAUUGAUGAAGGGUAAAACAAAAUAGUUAACUCAAUUGUUUUUUCUGAAGAUGGAAAGUAUUUUGCAAUGGGUUCAGAAGAUAACACUUGCAAAAUAUUGAAUGUAGAAAAUAACUUCGAAUACAUAAAUACUAUCUAAGGACAUACUAAUUCGAUCUCUUCUGUUGCUUUUUCUCCUGAUGGCAAGUAUCUUGCGACAGGUUCUUAUGAUAACACCUGUAGAAUCUGGAUAGUAUAAAAUGAAUUAUAAAUGAUAGAUACUGUACUAGAACAUACUGAAAUGAUUUCUUCAGUUGCUUUUUCUCCUGAUAGCAAGUACCUUGCAACAGGUUCUUUAGAUAAUACUUGCAAAAUCUGGGAUCUAAAUAAAUUAUAACACAUAUAAACAAUAGGAGAACACACUUCAGGAAUUAGUUAAGUUGCUUUUUCUCCAGACAAUAAAUAUCUAGCAACUGUCUAUUACGAUAAUACAUGCAAAAUCUGGAAUGCAGAAAAUGAAUUUAAACUCAUAAAUACUAUUCAAACAGGAUUAACUUGUCAAGUAGCUUUUUCAGCUGAUGGUAAUUAUUUGGCAACAAGUGCAUUUGAUCAUCGUAUUUUCAUAUUAAAUAUCUGGAAUAUAAAAAAUGGGUUUGAACAUCUUAACAAAAUUCAAACUGACCAUACUAAUUAGAUUAUCUCACUUGCUUUUUCUGCUGAUGGCAAAUUUCUCGCGUCAGGUUCAGGUGAUAGCACAUGCUAAAUUUGGAAUGUAGAAAAUGGAUUCGAACAAGUAAUUACUAUUAAAGGACAUACUGAUAGAAUUUCUUCGAUUCAUUUUUCUCCGGAUAGCAAGUAUCUUGCAACUGGUUCAUUUGAUAACACUUGCUAAAUCUGGAAUGUAGAAGAUAAAUUUUAACUCUUAAAUAAAAUUGUAGGCCAUAAAAAUUCUAUUUUCUCAAUUGCUUUUUCAGUAGAUGGAAAGUACCUAGCAACAGGUUCAAAAGAUAAAACUUGCAAAUUGUGGAAUGUAGAAUAUGGAUUUGAACUUAUUAAUGGGAUGAACGAUAAUGAUUAUAAUAAUUAAAUUUAAUCAGUUUGUUUUUCUGCAGAUAAUAAGUAUUUAGCAACUAGACAACGUGAUAAUACAUGCAAAAUUUGGAAUUUAGAGAAUGGAUUUGAGCUUAUUUACACUAUUGAAGGGCAUGCUAAAUAGAUUAUAGCAAUUACUUUUUCUUCAGAUGCUAAGUACCUCGCAAUAGGUUCAGGUGAUUUCACAUGUAAAAUCUGGAAAAUUGAAAAUGGAUUCGAGUUAAUUAAAACUAUAGAUGGACAUACUGAUCAAGUUGAAUCAAUCGCUUUUUCUAUAGAUGGCAAGUACCUAGCAACAGGUUCUGAGGAUAUGACUUGCAAAAUCUGGAAUAUAGAAAAUGGAUUUGAACUAAUUAAUACAGUUAAAGGACAUUAAGAAGGAAUUUCCUCAGUUGCUUUUUCAGCUAAUUGCAAAUAUCUUGCAACAGGUUCUUUUGAUACAACUUGCAAAAUUUGGAAUAUAGAAAAUGGUUUUUAACUCUUAUAAACAAUUGAAGAAGACGAUGAUAGUAUUUAUAAAGUUGAUUUUUCUUCAGAUGGAAGGUUGCUCCUAACAAUUUCAAAAGAUUAUUGCAAAAUAUGGAAUGUAGAAAAUGGAUUCUAACUCAUAAAUUCGAUAAAAGAGCGUUCUAGUAUAAAUUCAGUUGAUUUUUCUUCAGAUUCCAAAUAUUUAGCAAUAUGCUCUAUUGAUCGAAUUUGUAAAAUCUGGCAUAUAGAAAAUAAAUUUUAAUUAAUUUAUACAAUUGGAUAAAAAUUUAAAUCUGAUUCUAUUUCUUCAGCUGCUUUUUCUAAAGAUUGCAAGUACCUAGCAACCGUUUGUCCUGAUAUUUGUAAAAUCUGGAAUUUUGAAAAAGGUUUGAAACUAUUGAAUAAAAAUGAAACAUAAAAUAAAGAAAUUUAGGCGACUUCAUCUUAGACAAAGAAUUAAAAUAUUAAAAAUGUUUUCUCAUAAGUUUAUUUUGUUUGA